GGGAAACACUGUCCAGAGGAUUGUGUUUGUCAUGAUGGUAACUUAUUUCUCGCAGCAGAAGAGUAAUGGACACAUGGAUAUAGUAAAUCAGGAUUUUUUUACAGUGUAUUUCUAUAUGGAAAUGCAGUUGGAAGUAAAGACGGGCAGCGGAAAAUGAAUGAAGAAAGAGGAAAAACAAGACUUUUACUAUAAAAACAAAUGCUGAAACAGAAAAGUGGAUAGAAAAAGCCAACAGACUUGAGACAUGUCUCCCACUGAGAGGAUGAAGCUGCUCCUCUUCCUGGCUCUGUUCUUCGGAGCAGUGGGAUUCCUGUUCAUGCUGCUGUCCUGCGGGACAGAGUACUGGCUGCUGGCCGCAGAGUCCUGCAGCCGGCCAGAGGACGGAGGAGGGGCCGUAAACAAUGUGAGGAUCUUUCACGAGGGUCUGUUCUGGCGGUGCUUCUUCAUGGUCACUUCCCAUGAUUUCUCUACAUGGGACCUUUGGAUCCUAAAUCAGCCGUCGUCGAGGGUCUGCGAGGCCGCUUUCCUCUUUCCGUUUCCUGCUCAUGGGCCAGUGAGAUCGUGGGAGGAGGAGCCACACAGUUUACCUCCAGAACCCUAUGAACAUCACUCUGCCAUUGUUUUUAGGACCUUCUGGAGCAUCUUUCUGGUCGCAGGUGUGGCGGCUGUUGCCGUUGGUGGAUUUUUCGCCAUCUGUGCUGGCCCACUGACCAAUCACAGGCUCUAUAAAGUGGGUGGAGUCCUUCAGCUUUGUGGUGGCCUGUGUCUGCUGGCGGUGGUGCUGAUGUAUCUGAUGUGGGUCCAGGUCUUGGACACUCUGGAGCAGUUUGCCCUCCAUCAGAGCCUCUCCAGCUGCCCCUCCUUCCAUCUCAGCAUCCAGCACGGUCCCUCAUUCCUCCUGGCUCCGGUAGCCGUCUUCUUCUGCCUGCUGGCCGGCCUGCUCUUCAUCCUGGUUGGCCGGAGUCUUCAGCCAGCGAGACAAAAGACACAAAAUUCCUGAACUUUAAACACCUGUUGUUUUUUUUCCUGUGCUUCCCUCUAAAAUAUAGAGUUUAUUCACUUAA